AAUCAAACAUGAACUGAUUAAAAGAUAGCUCUUAAUUGUAGCCUACUCUUUUACAUUUCUACGGGAGUUUGCUGAUCCAAGGGGAAGCUUCUCCACAGUUUGAGGCCACACAAAUAUAUAUUUUUAAGCAGUAGGCAGUAGGUCCACUUUCUUCUGUCACAAAGCUACCACCAGAUGGCGACAAAUUCAACAGCACAGCCUCUUCCGGGCGGAACCAUUCUUUCCGUCUCGGGGACCAAUAAUUUUGACGGACCAACAUGGCGGCAAAACAUUGCUAAUGCUAAACAACUGAAACAAAUGUGUGGAAUUAAUAGUUUUUUUUCACGAGUGAAUGUUCACACCAAAUUGAGAAAAUUUACCAGCACCUUCGGUUUCCACGACAACCUUUUCAGUACAGUAUAACGGCCAACAACGGACAUAAACGUUAGCUUGUUUAAUGCUAAUUCACUUAGCUUCCUCUGUAAACACGUUAGAAAGCUAAGCUAACAGUUAACCAUGUGGGGUGAAAUAGACCCUCCAGUUAAAACACAACCUCAUUUAUGUGAGAGCAAAGACGAGCCUGAAUUACCAGAAGAAAACGGGGUCACAUUUUCCCAGAUAUGUGGCUUUCACCGCCCCGCAGACACACGUCAGCCACAACAACAACAACAACAACAAGACACAGAGCCUGUGAGCCAGGCAGAGUCCACCUGUGUGAAUGAAAUGGUGGAGGCCAUAGCCAGGAGUGGCAGCUCAGUGAAGAGCCAGCAGAAAGGAGACGCUGAGCUGACCCUGGAUCAGCGCAGAGAGGAGCUCCUGCAGCAGUACAGGAGCAGACCGCUGGUGUUCCUGGAGAGGUACCAUGUGUGCCUCAAGCCCCAGGACCUGUCAGUGUUUGCCCACGUCAGCUCAGAUCCACGGGUUCUUCACUACGGCAAAGUGAUAGAGAGACGAGCUGCAGCGUUCACCAACAGGACGAGGGUUCGAAACCAGCGCUACGCGGCUCUCAGGGCCCUGCAGGAGGGCGGAGAGUAUUUUAGUGACGAACAGAUGCGGAUAAGGGAGCCGCUGCUGUAUGAACAAUACAUCGGCCAGUACCUGACUGAUGAGGAGGUGCUGGCGCGCUCCCAGGAGUCCAUUCUGGACGAUGCACAGGGGGGCCCGGUGGCUCCAGCAGGAAACAAAGGGGGGCUCACACAACUCCUCCUCAACUCCUACCAGGAGCGUCUGAUCCAGGACCGCCUGCAGAGGGAGCAGGAGAGAGAGGACGGAGCGAGGGAGGAGGACGAGGAUGAGGAAGAUGAAGUGAUCACCGCCCAGCAGAAGGACUGGGAGCCCACGGCAGAGGAGAAGGCUCUGCUCAGGGAGGAGUUCAUCGGUCAGAUGCACCAGCGCUUCCUGGAUGGCAAAGACAAGGAUAUCAACUACAGGUCAGCCAUAACGACAGCUCACAUCUAUGCUAUGUUAGGGCGCCAUCUGCGUUACACAACAGGGAAUAGGGCGUCAUAGUAAGGAAAGAGAAAG